CUUCCUCGACGGGCGACCGAGGCGAGGCAGUCGGUCGUGCCGCCGCGGUCAGUGCGAGACCAGUUUACGAGAAGGGAGGACGUGCGUGCGUGAGUGCGCGCCCCUCACUUUAACUCUCCACAGCGCCUGUCGCUCCGUGGUGCGUGCUUGAGAAGACAACAAAAUAGUGCUUCAGUUCUCAAGAGGAAAACUUCCCUCAAGCACUGACACACACAAGAGGGAAAAAUAAGAGUGAAAUAUAAAAGAAAAAACAGUAUUUUUUUUUCGAUGAGGAAGAAAAGUAGUGAAAAUUGUUGUGUUGUGAAGCCGCAGCAUGCUUGAAGAGCUCCAGCGGCGGCGAGGAGCAGUGCGCUAGCCAACCAGACCACGGCGAGGAGUGACAUGGAGGCGGCGCUGACGGUGCUGGCCACGUUGGUCCUCCUCCUGGGGACCCUGGGACACGGCGGCGCCUUGCCAGGUCCGCCGGUUCUGCGGGAACACCCAAGCAGCGUGGUGGUGCCCCGCAAUGACCCUGUCACGCUCAACUGUGCAGCAUCGGGGGCAGCCCGCAUCAGAUGGUUCCGUGACGGCGAGGAAGUGACCACCUCGCCUCAAGACCCCCGCGCCCACCGGGUGCUGCUGCCCUCAGGCUCUCUCUUCUUCCUCCGCGUAACCUCCACCAGGAGGGACAGUGAUGCUGGUACCUACUGGUGCGUUGCCGCUAAUAGGUACGGCGUCACGCGCUCCCGCAAUGCCACCCUUACUGUGGCCACAUUGGCCACUGACUUCCAGAGCGUGGCAGAGCCUGAGGUAAAGGCCCGCGUGGGUGACACAGUCAGCUUACCCUGCCGACCACCAAGGGGAGUCCCCCGCCCUGAAGUCACCUGGCUGAGAGACGGUCGUCAGGUGAGCGACUCCCGCCGCAUCACCGUCACGGAGGAGGGUGACCUGCUCAUCAGUCAGGCUGUGGAGAAAGACUCGGCUGUCUAUGUGUGUCGUGCACGCAACGCUGCAGGAACCCGCGAGUCACCAUCCACGGCGCUCUCCAUAAUGACGCCGCCCUGGUUCAAGGAGCGCCCCGCCAACGUGACAGCAGCCUCUGGCGUGGUGGUGGAGCUGGCUUGCAGGGUACAGGGGUCUCCCACACCCGUGGUAACCUGGCGGAGGCUGGAUGGGAAAAUGCCAAUAGGGCGAGCUGCUGUAGAAGAGCAGCGCCUUGUACUGCGGGAGGUGGCGGCUACUGACUCAGGAGUGUACGUUUGUGAGGCGGAGAGUGAGGCUGGCAGAUCCUCUGCAAAGGUCACACUCACUGUGGUCGAUGCUCCUGAGCUGACACAGCGGCCUCAGCACCUUCAGGUCAUGGCGGGAGAGGACGCGAAAAUCUCAUGCCGCGUGGAAGGAGAGCCGCACCCGAUGGUGGUGUGGCGCCUCCCCACGCUAGACAGAACCGCCCUCCUUGCUCCAGGCCAGAGCAGCGGCAGUGCCUCCGUCAGCGAGGAUGGGCACACCCUCCAGCUGCGACAGGCGGCCACCGAGGACAGCGGCACCUACUACUGCUGGGGCGUGAGCAGCGGCGGCGGCGUGAGCGGCUGGGCGGAGGUGGUCGUGGUGCUGGCCUUACCUCCGCCAGUGGUGGGCGUGGGUCCUCAAGACCAGAAGGUGGCUCCUGGGGGCACUGUCACCUUCCGCUGUGAGGUGGUGAGUGAGGCGGCCGAGGCCCGGGUCACCUGGCACUACCGGGCCGCCACGCACCUUCCAGCACGCUCAAUCUCACAAGGUACCGAUCCUCGCUUCUCUCUGCCUGACAACGGCGCCCUUAUCAUCAAGGAUGUGCGUCCGGACGACGCCGGCGUUUACUCCUGCCACGUGGAGGCGUCGACGGGCAGCGCGGAGCAGAGUGCAGCGCUGCGUGUGUCUGAGGACGCAGGGGACAGCGAGACCCUGCCGCUGCUGCCGGCGCCACCCACCAAGCCUCGGGUGGUGGAUGUGAACCAGACGGCGGUGCAGCUGAGCUGGCUGCCUAACUCACAGGAGGGCGGGGAGUGGGCGCAGUGGUACUCAGUGGAGUACUGGCGCCGUGGCUGGCCGGAGUGGCGGGUGGCCGACGCUGUCACCACGCAGGAAUCGUGUGUAGUGGAUCAGCUCGUCCCCGGGCACACCUACACCUUCCUGGUGCGCGCCGUGAGCAGCCGCGGCGCCUCCUUCCCAAGUCCGUGGUCAGAGCCCGUCACCGCCAGGCCGCGCCGCGAAUCAGGGCUUGAUGCAGACCAGCUGCGACAGGCGCGCCGCCGCCUCUCCCGACCUGUGGUCGCCCUCACCGGUGCCUUUGCCACCGCCCCCGAUAGUGUGCUGCUGAACUGGGAGUUCCUGGCACCGGGUGAGGGUGCGGUGGAGGGCGUGUUGGUGUACUCUGUGAGGGAGGGCGGUGGCGUGCAAGUGGCCACUGUGCUGGGCGCCUCCUCCUCCUCCCAUGUGGUGCACGACCUGCAGCCCUACACGUCCUACACCUUCUUCGUGGUGCCCUUCUGGCGCAGUGUUGAGGGCACGCCUUCCAAUUCCUACUCACUCACCACUCCCGAGGACGUACCCCUGGAGGCGCCCAAAGAUGUACGCGUAGCGCGACGACAGGAGGGCUCGGUCCUUAUUCAGUGGACAGGCGUGGAGGGCGCGGCGGUGCGUGGGCGGCUACAGGGAUACAGCGUGACGCUGAGCCACAACGGUAGCCACAGCACGCAGACGGUGGCGUCACCCUGGCUGGAGGCAACUGGACUCCUGCCGGGUAGCCUUUACACUGUAAGAGUGGCUGCCCUGACUGGGGCGGGGCCUGGGCCCUCCAGUGACCCCGUACUGCUCGACACCCGCAGAACCGAUGAGGCCCUGGCGGCGGAGGAAGGCGCUGGCUCUGUGUUGUACGCGCCUCCCCAGCCUGCCUGGCUGGCUUACCUGCUGGUGCCACUGGUGGUGGUGCUGUUCUUGGUGACGUUGUGGUACGUGAGAAGACUGCGGCAUAAGGCACCGCCUUCUAACCCACCCCAUGCUCCCUCCCUUUAUCAGGACCCGUCCCUCUGCCCCGACCACCACUCCGUCAACAUGUACAGUGAGCACAAACUGUGGCGGCCCUCAGAAAGCGAUAAGGACUCCAGCUUGUCAUCGACUCGCCUCCUCCGGCCAGACCAGCUAGCAAAUGAAUACGCCGAACCUCGAGUGCAGCGGCCUAAUGAAGCCACGGAACCCUAUGCCACCACGGCCCUGCUGGCGCCGCCCUCGCCCCACCUUAAGCAAGGUCCACCCUGGCGCCAUCAGAGCGACGACUCUGGCGUACAGGUGAAUUGGGCUGCCAUCCUGCCGCCGCCUCCGUCCUGCCCACCGCCUCCAGACCUCGACUUGGGUGACCCAUCGGUCAGCAGUCCCUACAAGGGGACUCGUAAAGCGUCGUCACAAUACGACAAUAUGGGUGGGUCUGAGCAGUACGAGUGGCCGUGUGACGGAGCCUCGGAACACACUUACGACGUGUACACACAGGUGGCGCCGUGCAGCAAUCCGCGUGAUGGUCUUCUUACAUUUAGUACUCUUCAGGCACGUGGAGUUGCUGGUAGUAGUGGUGGUGGUGUUUGUGGUGGUGGAGGGGGUGGCGGUCCCAACUCCCGCAGAGUGCGCGUGGACUGUCACCCUCCAAGGCCAGUGGAGCCGCCCCGCAGCAACACUCAUUAAACAUGGUGCAGCAGAGCCUCCGGCGGGACCUGAGGACACUAGUGAUACUUAAGAGAACGUGAUAUGGACAACGUCGGUGCUGAGAGCAGCGGGUGUCAACCCCUGGACCACUAAACAGUAGUGGUGUGGUGCUGGCCGGCAGGCUUGAGUUUCUCCCUGUAGUUAGAAAGAUACUGAAGCGCUGCCGUGCUUUGUGGUGUCCCGUCCUGUCCCUCAGAUUCCUGAGGGGCCGUGACUCCCAUUCCUUUUCUCUCCCUCAGCCUAUGAACGUCACAGUCUAGCAGAUUCGCAGAAUAUAAAAGCCUUUAGAUACACUGUAGAUCCCUGAGUGCCCUCGGGAGUGGCCCUCCGCACCCCACCCUCACGAGAGUAUGUGAGACCUCUAGCGCCUGUGAGCCAUUCCUUCCACACCCUAGUGAAUGAGACGAGACCCUACGCCCUCGAGACGCAGUAGCUAAGCCUCACCGCCUGUAUAGUGCACAUCCUACCGUCCGCCCUCGUCACACUGUGAUAGUCCCUGCCCCUCCCCGACACUCCAGGGCCUCCUCCUUCCCCGCGCCCCGCAUCGCUAGUCACCUGUAUAUAUGUACAUACCAAAUUAUUUUUAUAUUAAAAUAUUCAUCUUCGCCUGUCA